AUAAGUGGGCAAGAUGCUCCAAAGUUGAAGAACCUUGCAAAAUGGCUUAUGGAACAUCCUAAUUAUGAUGUUGAUCCACAAUGGGCAGAUAAUAUGAAGGAGAGAUCAAGUAGUCUUGGAUUAUUAUCUGAUUUACAGAAGAGACUUUCUGCCUCGGAAAAGAAACACGCCGCCUCCAUUUUAUCAUCCACAUCUGCCUUCCUUCAUAGUUCCAUGUCCUCCAGCAGCAAUACCUUAACCACUUCCUCCUCCUUGGCUUCGGGUUCCAAUGCCAGCACCACAUCUACCUCGGCUGCUGGAGGAAGCACUAGUACCUCCCUCCCUUCUUACUACUCCACAAAGGGCUUGCCAUUUGAUGCAAAGAGUAUUUUACAGAGCCUGGAUCCAAAGACCUCUAUCACUGCUGCAGCGUUGGCAGGAUUAGACCCAAAAGUCUUAGGUUUUGAUCCUAAACUUCUUGGGAGCCUCGAUCCAAAAUCAUUAAGUCUAGACCCAAAGAUGCUACCUCCAUUAGAUGCAAAGUUCCUAGCAACUAUGGGCCUAGACCCUAAAUUUUUGGGAUUAGAUACUAAACAUUACGAAUCAAAGCGUCAUGAAAGCAAACAUCAUGAUAAACAUGAAAGUAAGUCAGGACACUCCUCCAGGUCGCAAGAAAGCAAGUCAUCAUUACAUAAUAUUGACCCCAAAUUAUUAGGCUUAGAUCCAAAACUAUUAGCAGGAUUGGAUGCUAAGACAUUAGCUGCCCUGGACCCAAAAGUACUUGCAAGUAGUUUAGCAGGAUUAGACCCUAAAGCAUUGGGAGGUCUUGAUCCUAAAGCUCUGGCAGGACUUGAUCCCAAAAUUAUGGGUGGUCUUGAUCCCAAAGCUCUAGCAGGAUUUGACCAAAAAGCUUUAGCAGGUCUACUUGACCCAAAGUUAUUAGCAGGAUUAGAUCCAAAAUUCCUUGAUCCCAAGGUACUAUCAGCUCUGGACCCUAAAUUCCUCUCAGGAUUGGACCCUAAAGUAUUAGCAGGACUUGAUCCCAAGUUAUUAUCAGGUUUAGAUCCAAAGACACUUGCUAGCCUAGAUUCUAAACUAACUGGUUUUGAUCCCAAGUUGUUAGGUCUAGAUCCCAAAAUGUUUGGGGGUAUUGACCCCAAACUGUUAGCUAAUUUGGACCCGAAGCUCCCAGGAGGAUUAGAUCCCAAGACUCUUGGUGGUAUUGAUCCGAAGUUAUUAGCUAAUAUGAGUAUGGAUCCAACCAUGAUGAUGAUGGCUGGCUUUGGUGGCUUGCCUGCAAUGGCUGGACUAGGAAUGGGCAAUCCUUUGUUAGGUGGACUAGCUGGGUUUGGAUUACCAGGAUUGCCUAAUUUGAAUGAUUUAGCCUCAACUUCAAAAUCUAAGGACCAUAGAAACGCAGCAGCGAGUUCUGCAGCCGGUUUAUCGUUUCCAAGCAUGUUCCCAGGGGUUAGCACUGCAGGCCUGAUGUACCCACCUUUGGGACUUGGUGGGUUAGGUUCCUUCCAGUUACCAUCAAUGUCUUCUGCAGCAUCUAGUGCUUUAUUGAAUGGUAUCCCUACAAGCAUAAUGUCCACAGCAGGUUCUUCUCGCCAUGCCAACCAGAGUUCUACCACAAUCAGUAGCAGCAGCAAGUGGCGUGAUGACCAUAGAAAAUCUCGUGAAGCAAGGGAUGAUCACCGUAGUAGAGCAGAGAAGCAAGAACCAUCAGAUGAAGUAGAACGGGGCCUUAGUGUGCGUAAAGAAAGAUUGAAGGAACAAUCCGGACUGUCAAAAGAGGAACGUUACUUACUGAAACAGAUGAAAGCAGAAAGAUUGGCUCGUGAGAUUGAAGCUCAGGGAGGGCAAGACCCCUAUGCAGCACACUUAGAUUUGUCAUUGCAUAAAAAUCAGGAAGUUCAUAGAAAUGUGAAAGCCCAAGAAGCACCAGAAAACCUGAGCAAGGAAUCUGAUGCUAGUAAGCAUGCAUCUGGGGGGGAAGCCCAAAACUUGAACACAAAGGAAGUGGAAAACGGUGAAAAAAGUGGCACAAACUCUGAGAAGGAGGAGGAGGAGGAGGAGACGUCAUAGUGCAGUGGUGUCACAUUCUACAAAUCAACAGUUGUAAGCAGUAAUUUAGCCAACAUUGAAAGUAUAAUUGGUAUACUUUAGUAUAAACCUGAGGCGAUAUUUUAGUUAAAAUGUGUGAAUGAAAACUCCAAGUAUGCAAUGUGUGUGAUUGUGACAUACAACAACCCCACCCCACCCCCCGUUUUCCAUGCUACUGCUCUUCAUAUACCCACACAUCAAAUAUUCACUUUGACAUUUAACUGUGAUACUGACCUCAUUAUUUAUUCCAUAUUUUGUGCGAAAAUAAUAUAUCAGCUGUCUGAAGGGAACACAUUUCCAUUGACCAUUGAAAAGCCAACUUUGAAGUGUGAAAGCAUCUUAUCUUUUCCAUUAGUGACGUGUGCCAGGUGUUGUGAUGACGCUGCAACAGUGCAGAAAUGGACGAGAAUGAGCUAAGUUGCCUAGUAUUGAUGAACACAAACUAUUAGUGAUACGCUAAUUUGGAUCUGAAUUGUUCCAAGCUGUUAUGAGAGGAGUGGUGCAUCUGUUUCUUGUGUGUGUGGUCGUGUAACAUUCUAGAAGCUGCUUUAUAUUGUAUAAUUGCUAUUUCACACAUUGAACCUCUCGAAAGUGCUUUAGGAGUCAAGUACAAGAGUGUAGAGAUCUUUCCUUUCAUUAAAAAGAGUUGGAUCUUAACUGCAAUCCCAUGUCUGUGUAUAUAUUAUUAUUAAGACUGAAUAAAAUUGUAAGCAAACUUUUGUAAAAGCUAAAUGUAAACUAAAGUUCACUAAUAUUAAAGGGAACUUGGUGA